AUGGUCUCACGAUCACACCUCCGACUGCUGUCGGUCCUCGCCCUCCUCAGCAUCCAGACACAGGCAACUUUUCUCGACGGCGCAAACCUGUUCGCCAUUAGACAAGUAGCUUCAUCAGGUGGGACAGGAGGAUCACAACCUGAAGAAACCGCUCCCACGACCAAUCCUCCAGCGACAUCACGACCACCAGCAGCGACCUCUCGACCUCCUCCAUCCGCACCUGCGGCUCCAACAACCGAACGAACAAACCCACCACCAGCGACCUCCAGAGCCCCUGAACCUCCAACGGGACCAUCUCAAACGACAACAGCACCCAACGGCGCUCCUACACAACCCCCAGUGAACACAGAUACUUCCGACUCAGAAACACCAAGCAGCACCGACGUUCCCUCCUCACCUUCCACAACCGCUGCCAAUGGCUCCAGCGUCUCCUCAAGAGUCACUCUCACCUCCAUCGAUACAGCAACCAUCACACCCUCCGUAAACAUUCAAACCAUCGUCCAAACCAUCAGCGGCAGCGUAAUGACCUCCCUAUCCUCCUCAACCGACACUUCCGCCUACGCAGCCGCCACCAGCGCCGCAGCAGCCAAUAACGCGGCCCUCGCCAACAACAACGAUGACGACAAUGACAAUACGAUGCCCGUCAAGACUCGAAACAUCAUCAUCGGAGUGGUCGUUGGUGUUGGAGGAGCAAUCAUCUUCGGUGGUCUCUUCAUCGUAGCAUGGAGAAUUUGGGGACGCAAGAAGGGUAACGAUGAUAGUGAUGGAUUGAUGGGAUUCCGUUCUGGAUCAGGGAAUGGAACGAGUGAGAUGGCUGGGACUGGUGCGCCGGCGGCAAAUCCCUUCCAGAGUACCCUGGAGAAUUAUCAUAAUCCUGCGAGGGGGAAUGUGAAUGCCUCUUCGAAUUUUUAA